AAGUUCAAUUCGCUUAUUGUUUUCAAAGUUAUCGAGAAAAUGUCUGGCCGUGGGAAAGGUGGAAAAGCUAAGGGAAAGGCGAAGUCCCGUUCCAAUCGAGCUGGACUCCAAUUUCCUGUUGGUCGUAUUCAUAGACUUCUGCGAAAAGGAAAUUACGCUGAACGUGUCGGUGCAGGGGCACCAGUAUAUCUGGCUGCAGUUAUGGAAUAUCUAGCAGCUGAAGUAUUGGAAUUGGCUGGCAACGCUGCUCGUGACAACAAGAAGACCAGAAUCAUCCCUCGUCAUCUUCAACUGGCCAUUCGUAACGACGAAGAAUUAAAUAAAUUACUUUCUGGUGUCACUAUCGCUCAAGGCGGUGUAUUACCAAACAUUCAAGCAGUAUUAUUGCCAAAGAAAACCGACAAGAAGACUUAAAUCUGCAAAGAUUAAAGCAUACAAAUGGCCCUUUUCAGGGCCACAAAAUAUUUUAACACAAAGAAAUUUCUACUCGUUCAUCUAGUUUAUAUUUUAUUUUACAAUAUAGUAAACUUACAGAGAAAGAAAAGUAUGAGAAUUACGUCAAGAAAAAAGUAACAACAAAUUGUAAUAUAUUUUUAUGAUAAUACUCUGCUAUUUAAAAUAAGUUUUUACUCCUAUAGUAUUGCCUUGAAAUAAGCAAGUGGUCUCUGCCUGGAAAUAAGCAACUCGCUAUCCUCCUUUGUUUGAAGUGGCCCGCAAAGUGAGAGGUCCGUGAAAGCUCGACUGAUUGUAGCAGUGACAUCGGUUAGUAAAAGGAUGGACUAUGUGUAUUCUAUAUAGUGCUUUCUCAUUCUGGUAUAUUUGCCUGGAAAUAAGCGAAAUUGUACGAGAAUGAGAGGGCAUGCUAUAUUCUAUUCUUGUCCAAAAAAUAACAUUGCUGCUCGGCCGAUCAC